AACAAUCUUACAAAGAACUGUGUAAGGGAAAGAAGAAACAGCCACCUGACAAUGAUUGUCUCCUAUCAGUGAACUGACUUUAAGUUCACCCUUACUACUCCAAGCGCUCGUUCUGUAUAUUGAAAUACUCUGCCGCCCUCAGAAACAAGAGUGACAGCCGGCAAGGCCAAUCAGAGGAGAAAGCGGCUGCUCGAGGCGGUCAGUCAGAAGUAUACCACGUGUAAGGGCGGAGCCUGUGCCAAAAUAAACAGGUGUGUGCGUGGCGCAGAUCAGUGAGGGUGUGAUCGCAAGAUGGAGAUGACCAGGAUGUGGUUCCCACUCUUAUGUAUCCUAUCACUGACUGCCCAUUUCUGUACAAUUCAGGCUGAAGACUGUUCCAUGAGGAAACUCUACAAUAUUGAGGAUGAAAAAUUCUGCAGUAAAGAUUUAGAUAUCAUAUAUCCAGAUAUUGGUAUUGUGUCCUGCAUUUAUAUCCCCAACUGCUUUGACUUUUCUCUGAGCCUCUCCAAAGAGUGGAAUCAUCCUUUAGUCAGAUACUCCAAAGCCCAACCGGGAGUAAACUACAUACUGAUUAUGGUGGAUCCAGAUGCACCAUCCCGUCAGAACCCCAAAUACAGAUACUGGAGGCACUGGCUGCUUACUGAUAUACCGGGCUGGCAGCUUAUUUCUGGACAAGAUUUGGAUGGAGAUGAUAUAUCAUCCUAUCGUCGGCCAAGUCCACCUCCAGGGACCGGCUUCCACAGAUACCAGUUCUACCUCUAUGAGCAGCCUAAUGGGAUAAGUCUAUACUUCCUCCCUGAGGAAUUAAAGAGAGGCAUGUGGGAUUUCGAAGCCUUUGUUCAGCGCAGCAACCUAGGAAAGCCCGUGGCCACCACCCAGUUCAUGGCUAUGAAUCACAUUCAGUAGAAUACAGUAAACAAGGGCAGGCAACACCUUUAUGACCUUCCUAUGAUAAUGUGAGGCUAUUGUGUUUAGGCAUACCAGUUAUUACAGUCAACUAUGAUUUUUUGUUUUUUGGGCAACACUACAUAAAGAGAUAUUAGCACAAAUGAAA